AUGGUUUCCGCCAAGAAGCACGUUCCCAUCGUCAAGAAGCGCACGAAGCGCUUCGAGAGGCAUCAGUCUGAUCGCUUCAAGUGCGUGGACCCCAGCUGGCGCAAGCCCAAGGGUAUCGACAGCAGAGUCCGACGACGAUUCCGCGGUACCAUUGCUAUGCCCUCUAUCGGAUAUGGUUCCAACCGAAAGACCCGCUUCAUGGCUCCUUCCGGCCACAAGGCUUUCCUCGUCAGCAACGUUGGCGAUGUUGAGCUUCUCCUGAUGCACAACCGAACCCACGCCGCCGAGAUUGCCCACAACGUCUCCUCCCGAAAGCGAGUUGACAUCAUUGCCCGUGCUAAGCAACUGGGUGUCAAGGUCACCAACCCCAAGGCGAAGGUUACCACUGAGGUUUAA